AUGACUCUGUGCACAAACCUUCCAAGCAACCUUCAGGGGGUGGAUGUGAUCAUUGCUGGUGGAGGAAGUGCUGGCUGUAUCGUAGCCGCUAGAUUGGCGGAUGCUGACCCCAAACUCUCCAUCUUGAUCAUUGAGGGGGGCACAAACAACUUUGAAGUGCCUUUGAUUGUCCACCCGGGUUUUCUCUUUGCCCAUAUCCAGCUUCAAAACAAGUACAUGCAGUUUUAUAAGGGGAAGAAGUCUCAGCACCUAGGUGGUCGAGAGGCUGUCGUUCCUUGUGGCGGUGUUUUGGGUGGUGGAUCGUCUGUGAACUUGAUGCUUUACAGUCUGGCACAGCGGAGUGACUUUGACGCCUGGGAAACUCCAGGAUGGUCGGCCAACGAGCUUCUACCUUACCUGAAAAAGCUUGAGACGUACCAUGGCGAGGACAAGACAAGUUGUCAUGGUAAUGAUGGCCCCAUCCACGUUUCUGGCAGCACAUACCGUGCUUCCAGAUUGGAGAAUGAUUUCAUUACAGCAGUAACAAAGCUGGGCUAUCCAGUGGUCGAUGAUCUUAAUAAUCUCGACACAGGCAACGGAGUCAUGCGCGCUCUACGAUACGUCAACCCUCAAGGGAAGCGUCAGGAUACAGCUCACACAUAUAUCCACCCCAGACUCAAGGAUGGAGAACAUCCUAAUUUGCACGUGCUGACAGAGUCACUGGUAGAACGUAUCUUGUUUGAGGGCACGAGGGCAGUCGGGGUAUCCUACAAGCCAAACCAAACUCUCCAACCCGAUGCUGAUAACGCCGUCCGGACAGUCAAGGCGCGAAAACUUGUGAUUCUCUCUUGUGGAGCACUUGGAACUCCUCUUGUGCUUGAGAGGUCGGGUGUUGGCAGCUCUGACAUCCUCCAGCGCGCGUCUGUCGACCUUGUAGCAGAUUUAGCUGGCGUUGGCUGCCAUUACCAGGACCACCAUAUGAUGCUAUACCCGUAUGCAUCAAGUCUCGAGCCUGAUGAGACACUUGACGCAUUGAACGCUGGUAGACUUGAUCCAGGAAUCUUGAUUAAGGAUAACCACAAGAUCCUGGGCUGGAACUCCGUUGAUGCGCAGUGCAAGCUGCGCCCAACCGAGGGUGAUGUCUUUAGCUUGGGACCGGCAUUCCAGGAGGCUUGGAAUCGCGAGUUUCGAGGCGCACCGCCCAGGGUCGGAUUGGCAGUGAUGGCACCGGAUUCAUCUGGUAAUCAUGGCAUAGUCCUACGGCUCAACCUCGUAUCUUUGUCGGCGGGGUGGUUGACGCAUGCCGUCGUGGCAGGGCAAAGGCUGCAUCACAUCACCUGUAGCGGUUGGUCCUGCCGUACAGCACAUAGUAGUUCCAACACUUUCACUAAUGCAGCCCUACGGCUCAGCCUCGCCUAA